AAAUAAUAGGGCGGAUUAAAAUUCAUUUUCUCCUAACUCUCAUGGUCUUUGACUAUCGUAUUACUUUGUGGUUAUUACUGCUCUAUGAUGCUUUUAUAAUAUGUUGCCAUGGUUUAUUCGUUUCCGUUAUUUCUUUUCUCAUGUUGUUUGGAAUUGCUUGUCCUUAUAGCGAGCGUCUAUCGGAAACAACCUCUCUACCUCCCAAGGUAGGGUAAGGUCUGCGUACACUCUACUCUCCCCAGACCCCAUUUGUGUGAUUUCACCAGGUAUGUUGUUGUUGUUUUCAUUUACCGGAGAAUUUUCCUGAAUGAUAUAUGUAUUCUUUUAGCUCUAUCACAUGGCAGUUUACGUUUUUAACAGAGUUAGGUUUUAGGACCAAAAUGAUGACAUUUUGCAUACAUUAAGGACUAUUUUGAUCGUUUUCUCCAGUGUUUAUUGGAGGUCAAAAACACAAUCAGAACCCGUCACUCACAAAUCACAAAAAUGGAGAAGAAGAAUUAUCAUCAGCAAAAGCACUUCAAAUUUUCAAUAUUAGCAGGUGAUGAUUGAAAGCUCAACCUUGAUCUAUCUUGUCGGAAAAGCAACAGAAGGGGCGAUGUAGAUCCUUUGCUCAAUCUUUUCCAUCCUCCAAGAUAAGAAGAUGCCUUUCUUAGGAGCCAUAAGCUAUCCAAGUUGAUGAUGCCCGAGGAAAGGUAGUUCCUUUUGCUUUCCUUUCUUUGAAGACUUGAACAAAUCAUUCUCGAUUACAUGUUUAAAAGAGGUUUCCAUCAGGCUGGUGAGGUAUUCUUCCGCGAACUGUUUACCAAUCAAAAUCCUGAUGCCAUCGAUUCUCCUCAUGAAGCAUUUCUGCAAGCGUGUUGGGGUAAAUUUUAUGAAGCAUACAACUCUAUCUUCCCUGAUGUUCCAUUAUUUGCUGCCGAAUCCUUUGAUAAGGUCGCACAGACUCUGGAAAAUGUUGUGGCUGAUAGCGGUCCCACAAAUCAAUUCUAUGCUUCUGAUCAUGCGGGAGCAAACAUCUCUAAUGUGAUGCCGUCACCUCAUUUGACGGCAUCCUCUGCUGUGAUGGAAUCUAGCGGUCCUGAUCAUAUGGACGCUAGAUUUUUAGACUUGUUGUCAUCUUUUGAUGCCUUUUAUGCUUUACCGGAUUUAUCAGACUUGCAGCUUCCUGGCGAUCAAAUGCAGCAAAUGCCAACUAUUCCUCCAGAGUGGAAUGCAAGAGUAUGUUUACAUUCCCCACACAUUUGCAAGCUUUUUAAUAAAAAAGUAGUUGAAAAUUAUUGA